AUGUCGUCAAGCAGAAAAAGCAAAAAUUCACUAACUUUCAUCGAUGAUAUCAAUCCUAUUCACGAUCAGAAUAAGAUUAAGGUGUUAAUCCUGAGGCUGUGGAAGGCGUAUCAGAGAGAUGCGGGCAAUACAAUCGAGAUGGUUUUGGUGGAUGAAAAGGGUUCAAGAAUCCAUGCAACUGUUGAAGACAAAAAUAUCAAAAAGUUCGACAGUGUCCUGAAAGAAGGUGAUGUCGUUACCUUAAAUCCUUUCAAGCUCAUCAAGUACUCUGGCGAUUAUAAGAGCAACAGUCUUUCUUUCAAGAUUUUGUUUUACCGAACAACCCAGGUCAAACCAUGUGAUGAUUUUCCAAAGGAAGUCCCUGAGAAGUAUUUUGUGGAAUUUGGUGAUGUUUUAAAUGGUUCACGAGACACGCGUGUUUUCGUUGAUGUUAUUGGUCAGAUUGUCAACGUUGGACCGAUAGAGGAUAUAAAAAUCAGAGGAAAGAGUACUCCAAAGCUCGACGUCGAGUUGCGUGAUCGUGGGAACGUACGGUUAAUAUGUACUCUAUGGGCGGAUUUUGCUAAGCAAGUUAAGGUUUAUACUGAAGCAAAUCCAGCGGCUGUUGUUUGUGUGAUUAGGUGUGCUCAGGUUAAGGAGUGGAAAGGUAAUUGGACUAUAUCUAAUGCUAUGGGCGCAACACGUGUAUUACUCGAUCCUCCAGGCGUUUUUGUUGAUGAGUUCAGAUCAGGGCUACCAACCGAUGGCGAGGGUAUGUGUGUGACCAUGGUCACUGUUGGAUCCGUCGAGCGAACGUCGAAAUGGUAUUACGUUUCGUGUAAGAUGUGUAAUAAGAGUGUCGAGCCUUAUCCAGAAAAUUCUGGUGAUGAUGGAAACCCACCUCUUUACUAUUGCGGCGUUUGUGACAAGGAUGUAUCUGCGGUAGUGUUCAGGUACCGAUUGGUUCUGGAGGUUUCUGAUGCAACUAACUACAAGGCAAGGUUUUUGUUGUUUGAUGCAAUGGGUAGUACCCUCCUCCGUAGAACUGCACAGGAGCUCUAUAAUGCAGUUUCUGAGAAUGACCCCUCUAUACUUCCCUCGGAGAUUGGGGCAUUGGUCGGGAGGCGGUUUCUUUUUAAAGUGAGUAUAGGUGGCGAUAAUCUGAAAUCGGAUCGGUCGCAUUACGUGGUACAGUUAUUUUCUGAUGAUGAUGAGCUGAUUAAAGACUAUUCUGAUAGUCUAGACUCCGAGGUUUUGGUGCCUUUGCCCGUAACGCCUAUUACAAAGGAGGCCAGUGUUCGCCGUGGCGGUGUAUCCGUCGAGAAUCCGAAACCUCCUGCGAAGAAAAUCAAAAUCGAGGGCAAGAAAGAAGAGAGUUUUGCCACAACUUAA